AUGAGCAACAAAGAAGAGCAGCUAAAGAAUAAAGAAGAAGAAGAGACACUUGAAAAGACACCAUUCAUGAUGACAAUCCCUGCUGGAGAAUCUUUUGCUAUUGAUUUUGCUAAGCACGAGGAAGAUGCUUGCCUUUUAAUGCAUGCAGCACGUUUAGAUGAUAAGACCGAAGCUAAACUCAUUAUUAAAUAUGAUUUCUACAAACAAAACCCUGAAGAAUUAACAGAUCAAGAAUUAAAGACUGCUGAAAUGGAAACAAAAGAAGAUGUAUAUGUUUUCAACAAAGGCCAGAAAGAAAUUACUCUCGAAUAUACAUUUUAUGAAGAUUUGAACCCAUUCUGCGAAGCUCAAGGAUCUGAAAUCAGAAUUGAUGGCAUUUUUGCACAGGAAGUUGAAGAAGAGGAAGAAGAUUAUGAAGAAGAACAAGCAGAGGGUGAAGAAGAGCAAGGAAAGGAAGCUGAGAAGUAA